UCUUAACAAAAGGUAAAAUAAAAAGGAAGUUUUAUUUUGCACGUUGUAUGAAUAUUUUAAUGUUACGUUGCCACUUUCCUAUACGAUUCCAGCCACUUUCUUGGUGGCGGCCGGUAGGGGGCGGCUCAACCCUCAUAUAACAAGUUAACACCAACACAAGCCAAGCCACCCACUCAACAGUCAACACGCUUCUGUUUCUGUUCAGAUUUCAGAUCCAACAACACAAUGAGUAUGAGAAUGCAAACUUUAAGCGAAGAAGUAGAGUACAACUGGACCGCCGAUCGCCGUCCCGGCCGUGAUAUCGUUAUCGCAGUUGAUCAUGGCCCUAAAUCCAAACACGCCUUCGAUUGGGCACUCCUCCACUUCUGCCGCCCCGGCGACACCCUUCACCUUGUCCACGCCGUCUCCAGUUUAAAGAACAAUAUCGUUUAUGAUGUAUCGCAGACGCUAAUGGAAAAACUAUCUUUGGAGGCCGUGAAGGUUGCUAUGGUAAAAACAGUGACACGAAUAGUGGAAGGAGAUGCGGGUAAGGCAAUUUGCAAGGAAGCAGAAAAAGUGAAGCCAAUAGCUGUUGUCAUGGGUACAAGAGGCCGCAGCCUAAUGCAAAGUGUAUUACAAGGAAGUGUAAGCGAGUAUUGCUUCCACAAUUGCAAAUCAGCACCUGUAAUAAUUGUUCCUGGCAUAGAAGCUGGGGAAGAAUCAGUGGUUCCGAUGGACUAGAGAUCAUUGUAGAUGGUGAUUUCUUGUUCAAAUUGAUUGUUUUUUAUUCUUAAUUUGUACAUUGUGUGUGUUGUAUUUAUUUUGUAAUCUUUUAUAUGCUAAUAUUCUUAUGUUUGGUUCUGUAAUAUUAUUAUUCUAAUAUAGUGGAAGACCAUUUUAUGUUA